AUGGAAAUUAAAGGACUUCUUUUUUCAAUCAUAAUAUUGUGCACAUUCCUAAGUGUGGGCGUGAACUGUCAAAAUCAGGAUUAUUACGAAAGAAUGCCAGUAAUGCCGCCAGCGCGUCGUCAAUUGCCUCCGGAACUGACUCAUAAUAAUCACCAUAAUAAUAGCUGGAAUAGCGGAUUUAUGCAAACUGCAAAGAGCUUUGUUGCCAGUCCACUCGGACAAUUUACAAUGUCAAUGGCGAAAGAAAUGGUCGCACGAUCUGCUGGUGGAAAUGAAGUAUUAAGUUUGAACAUUACGAGUUUAUUAAUUUUGGUGAUGUUGAAGGCAUUAAUUUUUACUACUGGAUUACUUGGUGCUGGCAACUGGCAGCAGUAUGGACGUGCAAGAAUGUUGGAAGACGGAAAUCCGAUAGUCGACAACGCAGAAGCACAAAUAUUCCUCGGAUUUCUAGCAGCAGAAGGCUCAGGAGGUGCUGGAUGUCUUUAUCGUGCCGUGUGCAUCGAGCCCGAAAAGGGAGCAGAAUACUUAAAAGCUGGUCGAGCGCUUCUAACCGGAUUUGCAGUCUUUGACUCUUCCGUAACAAGCAAUCCACGAUACAAUGAAUAUCUACAGAAUAUUCAACAAGCUGUGUACGAAGGAAUGCAAAGUGCUCCAUGCGAUAUGAUUUAUAGCUGCAAUGUUUAA